UAAAAAAUUGAAACUAGAGUUGAUUCUGAUGUUAUCGCGUCUUCAUUGAAUAUCUAUUGAACAGCAAAUUGGCGCUCAGUUUCCACAGUUUACAGUAAAACCGUAAGAUGGAAGCUCAACACUUUACGAGUCAAUUUUUGCUUUCAUGAAUAUCAACAUUUAACUGUUGCACUAAAUUGUUUAUAUCACUACAUAAAGUAAAUGAGCUGUUUGUCGGUUAAUUUAAGUGUUGUAAAUAAAUUUACCGUUGUUAUUGAAAGGCACAGGGAAAGUAAUCAAUACUGUUGAUCAAAUUAGAGCUUGAAAUCGUUUCAUGACAACUACUAACUUAUGAUAGCAACUUUACUUUCCAAUCCCAAGUUGAAAUGUGCGACUUAAGUGUGUUCCAAAUGCAUUCAGUAAAACCUCAUGUUGAUUAAAUGAUUCAUUAGGACAACAUUAUUUUAAAUCAGUGAGAAAAAUCGACCUUUUUCAACGAUAAUUGUGAUUGAACUCAAUGAUAAGUACAACUAAAGAUCACCGUCAUACUGAUACUCAUAUCGGUUAGAAAGGAGUCCCAGAUCCGAAUCUUGUUGUGAUUUCUAUUUAAACCACCAUGGGCUUGUUGCCAAUAGAGUUUACGGAUUGCCUCACGGAUUCACCAUAUUUUCGGGAAAAUUUACAUGCCCAUGAAAAAGAAUUGGACUUGACCUCACAACAAAUCAAAGGUUUAAUCAGAGAUGUCAACUAUCUUCUUCAAGCUGCAUCAGCUUUAUCCUCUGCUCAAAGGAAACUGGCUAAUAGUCUUAGCCAUUUUAAAUUCGAGUGCAUUGGAGGCUCACAAACAGAUGAUGAAAUCGUCAUUGCUCGAUCCUUAAAGGAAUUUGGCCGUUAUCUGAAUUCCAUCGAAGAUGAAAGAGAUCGCAUGCUUGAUAGAGCUUCUGCAACUUUUAUCAAACCCAUCGAGAAUUUCCGUCGUGACCACAUUGGUAGCGUCAAGGAAGGAAAGAAAAAAUUUGACAAAGAAACUGCAAAAUUUUGCCAAAGCUUGGAAAGGCAUUUGAACCUAUCUACAAAAAAAAGUGAAAAUCAUCUUCAAGAGGCUGAUGCUACCCUGUUAAUGGAGCAACGUCAUUUCAUUUCAGCAUCAUUGGAAUAUGUCUGUAAAUUACAAGAAGUCCAAGAGAGGAAGAAAUUUGAAUUUGUCGAAACUAUAUUGAGCUUUAUGUACGGUUGGUUAACAUUUUAUCACCAAGGCCACGAAGUAGCCCAAGAUUUCAAAUCAUUCAUGAGGGAUCUUCAAAUACGUCUUCAAAGAACCAGGGAAAACUAUGAAGCCACUCAAAAUGAAACUCAAAAUUUAAUGAAAAAGAUGCUUGAAGUCAGAAAAAAUAAACCUCAAGAUCCCGGUUCUUUAAAUAAAAUGUACACUAGAGAAGGCUAUUUAUUUCUUAUGGAGAAGAAGGCUUUCGGUACAACUUGGAUUAAAACUUUUUGUCAGUAUCAAAAGGAAUGUCGUCGAUUCACAAUGACUCCUUAUAAUCAAGUGGUUGGUAAAAUUGGCAACAAAGAGACUAUAACUCUGAAAGAGUGUAUUAGACGGAUGUCCGAUUCCAUUGAUAAAAGAUUUUGUUUUGAUAUAACACCGGUUGAUAAACCUGCAACCUAUACAUUCCAAGCAUUAUCCGAAGAAGAUAGGAAGUUAUGGCUUGAUGCCAUGGAUGGCAAAGAUCCAAUACAAUUGAAUAGCGUUACAAGUACACAAGGAGGAAAAGGUCAAAAUAAUGCACAACAGGAGCAGUAUCAAUUGGAUGAUUUAGGAUUUGCUUUUGUUCGAAAAUGUAUUCAAGUCAUUGAAUCUCGUGGCCUGGAAGAUCAAGGAUUAUACCGUGUUGGUGGUGUAAGCUCCAAAGUUACUAAAUUGAUGCAACUGGCGUUGGAUCGCAGAAAAUUGGCCAGUGACGGGGAGUUGAUGCUUGAAGUGGACAAUUCAGAUGAAUGGGAAAUUAGGACUGUGACUAGUGCAUUGAAAAAUUAUUUUCGUAACUUGCCCGAACCAUUGAUGAGUUUUAAAUUUCACAAUUUUUUUAUUGCUGCAGCAAAACAAGAAAAUAAGGAAAAAAGGACCGACGAUAUCCAUGAUCUAGUGCACCGUUUGCCUAAGCUUAACUUUGAUAUGUUACAUCUACUAAUGAUACAUUUAGCUAAGGUUGCUAAUAAUUCACAAAAGAAUCUUAUGAAUGUGUGCAAUUUAGGUGUUUGUUUUGGACCUACUCUUUUAAGGCCAGAAGAAGAAACCGUUGCAGCUAUCAUGGAUAUAAAAUUUGGUAAUGUUGUCGUAGAAAUUCUCAUUGAAAACUGUGAUAAGAUUUUUACCACUAAACCUGAUUUAAACAAAGACCAAGGAAUUUAUCAACAAUCUCAUUAUUCAAUUGCAUCUGUGCCUCCCAGUAUUAGUUACCCAUCAAUGCCAGAGAUGAUUGAUUCAACCAACAAUAGAGGAAACGAUAAUUUAUACAUGAGAGUAAAUGUCGCUCCUUAUCAUGAUCCAACCUCGGUUAAUCUUUCCGGAACUUAUGCCACUGUACCUUCAAGAGGUGGAUUAAUUUCCAGUUCAGUUCAUCGAAGUAGUAGUCAUGACCAAUUGUCCCAACAAGUACAAUAUAGACCAAUUGUUCGACCAACAAUGUUCAAUUCAAAUUCAACUUCUCAUCCUCCAUCUGCGAUCACAUCAUAUCCAUCUCAUCCAAAUGUGUACCAACAAACACCUCAUCGAUUACCCACCAUUUCAAAUCCUAAUGGACCUCAAGUCAAUCGAUCUGCCCGUCCUUUAGCAGUUUUCAAUCCUUGGAAUAGUCAACCAAAUAUAAUUCAACAUAAUUUGGAUAACAAUCCAAUAAAACCAAGACUUUCAUCAGCGUCGGAAGGUCAACACAACAUUUCGCUGGUAGGACCACAACCUCAAUCUAAUAGUCCACGUUCAUCACCUUCAUCUAAUACAUUGAUAUCAUCAUCUUUUAAUGCCUGUGGAAGUGGCGGUGGUAGUAUCAGUAGUAGUGUUGGUGGGGAGUUGAAACAAUCUGCGUCUCAACACUCAUUUAACAGCAACAAUUAUCCAUCCAAUUGUGGUUCAUCUCCUCAUAGCAAUAAUGAAACUCCAACUGGUCGUAAAGUUAGAACACUUUAUGCGUGUGUUGGGGAAAAUGCUUCCGAGUUAACCUUUGAACCAAACACUUUUAUAUUUAAUGUUCGUCCUUCUAGAGAACCAGGCUGGCUAGAAGGAACUUAUAAUGGUAAAGUUGGCCUGAUACCCGAAAACUAUGUUCAGUAUAUUGAUUAACUUUUUUGGCCACACAAGCUGUGUUACAAUUGUCCCGUUUCUUCCAUGGCCUCAACCAAAGAAUCGAUUGUAACCUAGCGAAGUUGUGGUUGACUCUGGUUUCAUCUCAUUCCUAGUUUAUUGCAAUUUAAGCCAAUUUUAAUGUUUGGAAUGAUUCGUCAAAAAAUGGUGAAUUAUCAAACAAAAGAAACAUCAAUCAAUCAACAAUUUAUUUCGCUAAAGAAAUUAAAUAUUGCAACUAAAAAAGACCAGAUCAUGAAAAAUUUAAUCAAUUUCAUUCCCUACGUUAAAAAAGGCUAAUUUGGAUGCCAUUUUUUUAUUUUUGCUAUAUGUAAAAGACCAAAAUUAUAGAUUUAUAUUUUGAUUUGAUUGUAAAAAACCAUUGUAUUCAAUCAAAUGGAAAAGAAGACAAGAGAACAAACGAUGAACAAUGGAGAGCCCAAAGGGAACUGCAAUUAAGUUUCACUGUUAAUGUCAUCACUUACAAAUUGUAUAGUUGAUCAUUUAAUCGAGCAUAUCGAUGCAUCUUCCAUCUCGAUCUCAUCUCUGUUUCCUGUUCAUAUUCAAAUCUACGGAUCAUCCUCAUUCCUCAAUUAUGAAUCAAAAAGUAACAAAUAAUAAAGAUACAAUACAAUCACAAAAUUGUCAAAGCAACAGCGAACCAACAAAUGAUUCAUAUAAAUAUUACUUGUUCAUGUUCCCGCUUUAAAACCAAACAACUCUGUAUAAAUGUACUUUAUUAAUAGCAAACUUUAAAUUUACAUAAACGAAAAUAUCAACAACUU